AUGUUGAAUAGAAAUUUGUGGAAUUUAAUUAAUUUUAAAUGGUGGGAAUUAGAGACAGGCAGUAAGUCAUGUUAGAAAAAAUUCUAUUUUAAUUCAAUUGAUGACAAAGGUGCAUUAGGCUUAGGUUCUGGUUUGGCAUAGUGCAUUAAUCUCUAAAAUUUGACAUUUAACCUUGGUUUCAAUUAAAUUGGUUCAAUGGGUGGUUCAGGCUUAGGUUCUGGUUUAGCAAAUUACAUUAAUCUCUCAAAUUUGACAAUUGACCUUCGUUUCAAUUAAAUUGGUGACGAAGGUACAUCAGGCUUAGGUUAUGGUUUAGCAAAUUGUAUUAAUCUCUCAAAUUUGACAAUUGACCUUCGUGGCAAUUAAAUUGGCGACGAAGGUGCAUUUGAUUCAUAUGGUAUACAUCAUUAUAAUGAUUGGACAAGAUAAAAUGGUUUUAUAGGUUUUAUUAGUUGUAUUCCUUCAAUAAUUGGUAAUAAAGAUUAUGUUAUAGAAAUAUGA